UCCUAAAACAUCUCUAAAGCCUAACUGCGCUUGCCUUAUGUUCAGCAGUAAACAGUUAAAGGCUGAUAUGAUGAUGAUAGUGAUGAAUAUGUAAAGUUUAACGAUUUCCAAAAUUUAGAAGAAAGUACCUGUUGCGGCCUCUUUGACCGGUUUUAUCGCUGGCCGCUAAGACAUUCUACAAUUAAAACUGACAGCUUGGGACAAAACAAAAGGACUUAGAAAAAAGACCGAUAAGAAGACGGACAUAAUUUUGAUGACUAAUUUGCCUUUUAAUUUUAAUACAUUUUGACGACAAAUUCGGACCCUUUGACCUAAAAAGCGGUCCAUCGACCUUUCAAGUGGUCCUUCGAGCCGGAUUACAACCAACCUAUGGUGCAGACACGAAGACAAGCGAAGAUGACGACAAUUCCGACGACGCUGCUUGCUACUGCUGACCAGGGUGAACAUGACCGACAGUCCGUCCGCGGUAGCCGCCAGCCCUCACCCACGCCAUCCGCCCGUUCGCACUCUAGUACGUCCACCACGACUGUAGUAAGAAGACAACGACUCCUACAACUACAAUUGCAAGCCGCGGAAGAGCGCGCGUUGAUACAAACCAGACUCAUCGAAGAAAAACUUGCAUUAUCAGCACAAGCGCUUGAAGAUGAAGACAACCUCCUCAUGCUCAAUAGGACACAGUCGCGCGUGUCCCUACGUCUGCCUACAACCUCAGGUAUGGCGUAUCAAAAUAAUAUUAGUAUGCCUCACGCUAUCUCGACGGCUAUCAAUACUGAUACACAGACACAGCCUGAAAUGAUGCCUGUACCACCACACAUUCCUACACGCAGACUAGAGAAUGACAACACGAACAUGUCUAAACUCCUAGCCAGGCAAACAAGCGCAAAGGAGCUGCCCUUGUAUAGCGGUGAGCCUGAUGAGUGGCCGUUGUUCUAUAGGCAGUAUAUAUCGACAACACAGCUGUGUGGUUAUAGUGACGAUGAAAACAUCGCACGACUAGCGUGCUGCCUGAAGGGCCGUGCGCGUGACGCUGUAUCUGCGCUGUUGGUGAGUGCUACAAACCUGAAACUAAUAAUAGACACAUUGAAGUUGCGAUUUGGUAGACCUGAAUUAAUCAUAGAAGUCAUGUUAAACAAAAUAAGGUUCAUGCGUGACGUCCGUCAUGACGACGUCAAUCAUUUAAUAGAAUAUGCGACUGCAAUUCAAAAUGUUGUAGCUACGAUGAAAAUGACAGAAGAGGUUGGACAUCUGACUAAUCCCACUUUAAUUCGAGAAAUAAUAAGUAAACUGCCGUCACUAUUGAAAUAUCAAUGGAGUAUGUAUAUAUCGAAUAAAAAUGUAAAUAUUGUUACUUUAUGUCAUGUAUCUGAGUGGCUCAUGACCGUAGCUAACGCCGCCACUUAUAUUGCUCCGCUGCCUAUAAGGACUGUAAAUAAUACUGUUGCGAAGCCGCCGACCAAGCCUGACCAUAGACCAUGGAGACCGGUGGUGGCUACAGUUUCAUCAUCAUCACCUACAUGUGUGCUCUGCAACGGUAAUCAUCGACUAAGUGAUUGUGAUGAUUUCAAACGGAUGACGAUAGACGACCGCUGGAAGUUGGUAACUGACAAAAAGUUAUGUUUCUCUUGUCUAUCUGCACGACACCAACUAAAAGCUUGUAAGAGAAAAAUUAAAUGUUCUGUUCCUGAAUGUAUCCGUGCUCAUCACACCUUGCUUCAUGCUGCUCCACGCGACGAGACUGAUGAUAGAUUAAUAUCCGUCAAUCAUGCCGAAACGACAGUGAACAACGACAGUCGAAGCUCGCAUGUACUACUGAAGGUCGUGCCAGUAGUUGUAUCAGGUACAAAAGGUGACGUCACUACCUUCGCUCUCCUUGAUGAAGGCGCAUCUGUGAGCCUGGUUGAUGCUGCUCUACUCGAGAAGGCUGGCAUUACUGGUCCGACGACAAAUCUGCACAUGCGUGGUGUGUCCGGAAUGUCAACCACAGAGACGGACUCGAAAAUAGUGUCAUUUAAUAUUCGCGGUUUGAAUGAAAAAAAUGUGUAUAGUGUAAAUAAUGUUCGUUCUAUAAAUAAUUUGAAUAUUGUAGUAGAUAGUAUUUCAUAUAAAAAUAUUGUAAAUAAAUUUCCUUAUGUGACUGACUAUGUGACAGACUAUGACAUACGACCUAGAAAGAUUGAGUUAUUAAUUGGACAAGAUAAUAUUGACUUAAUUAUUACUAGACAAAUAAUACAAGGACAUAAGAACGGACCUAUAAUAUCUAAGACGGACUUGGGUUAUGUUGUACAUGGGAACAUAGGACUUCGUAGUAUAGCGAAUGACAGAACUAUAUUACAUCUAUGCUCUUGUGACGAAUUACACGACCUCGUUAAGAGAUCUUUUUCCACAGAGUCUUUCGGCGUGAAGCAGACAGGUGACUUUCCUCGUUCUCGAGAGGAUCAGCUGGCGCUGAAGAUUAUGAAACAGACCACGAAACUCUUGCCUCAAGGACGAUGGGAGACCGGCCUACUCUGGAGGUCUGAUGACGUUCAGCUCCCGAAUAGCUACCCACAGGCGAAGAGUAGACUUAUAGGUAUCCAGAGAAAAUUUCGUAGGUAUCCUGAGCUUGCUGUCAAGUAUGAGGAGAAGAUCCAGGAGAAUGUUGAUAAAGGAUACAUCUCAAAAUUAACUCCUGAAGAGGCCUCGAUCCAGACCAAUAAGACAUGGUAUCUUCCUCACUUUGCCGUUUUUAAUCCUAAUAAGCCUAAUAAGUUGCGAAUUGUACUUGACUGUGCAGCUAAGUCUGACGGUAAGUCACUCAAUGACUUCUUAUUGUGUGGACCUGAUUUUUUAACAUCUUUGCCUGCUGUAUUAUUAGGGUUCCGUCUAGGCAAAUAUUGUGUAAUUGGUGACAUCCAAGAGAUGUUUCAUAGAGUACUUAUUAGGGAAGAUGACCGACACGCCCAAAGACUUCUCUGGAAUAAUGACGUUUAUGUCAUGAAUGUCAUGACUUUUGGAGCUGUCUGUUCACCAUCAUCAGCUCAAUAUGUAAAAAAUUUGAAUGCUCGUAGAUAUGAGGCGACUCACCCAGAAGCUGUCAAAGCUAUUAUAGACCACCAUUACGUCGACGACUACAUCCACUCUUUUGACGAUGAGGAUGACUUGGUACGCGUAGUGGAUGAUGUAAUACGUAUACAUGCUGCAGGUGGCUUCAAUAUAAGGAAUUUUGUCUCUAAUUCUCAUACACUAUUGGAACACUUACCUUCAGACAAGCUAUCCCCGUGUAUCCUGAAGAUCCUCUCUGACUCCAAGGAUGAUCAGGUAGAACGUGUGCUUGGAGUGCGCUGGAACCAGGAUUCCGAUGAGUUUAUCUUUCUAUUGAAGCUUCCUAAGGUGAGCGAGGACAUUAAGUCAGGGGUGAAGAAACCAACCAAGCGUGACAUAUUAAGAUUGACGAUGUCCAUUUUUGAUCCUUUGGGUUUCCUCUUAUAUGUGACAGUGAAGGGGCGAAUUCUCCUGCAAAAUAUCUGGAAAUCCAAAAUCAGCUGGGACGAUGAAAUCGAAUCGACUAGUUUCAAGGAAUGGCAGUUAUGGUUGUUGGAAUUACAAAAGGUCAGCGACUUUAGACUUCCUCGUUGGCUUUUUACUGACAUGUGUGACAAACAAGCUGACUUAGAACUUCACAUUUUUUGCGAUGCAAGCAGUAAGGCUUAUGCGAGCGUUGCAUAUCUACGCGUCAAGAUGUCAGAUGGUAGUUGGCAUGUAGCUUUCGUCUUGGCACGUGCUCACGUCGCACCACUCAAAGUAAUGAGCAUACCUCGUCUCGAGUUACAGGCUGCCUUGCUGGGUGCUAGACUAGCUCACACUUUGAAGCAACACUUUGAUGCAAGCAUAACACUUUGGUCUGACUCUAUGACUGUUCUGAGCUGGCUUCGUUCUGACAGCGGUCGUUUUAAGCCUUUCGUCGCCCAUCGUGUCAGCGAGAUCUCCGAGUUAACCGACGUUAAUCACUGGAGGUGGGUACCGUCAGGCCUAAAUGCAGCAGACGAUGCAACUAGAGAGACAGUUACCGAGGAUAAUACGAGAUGGUUAUAUGGACCACAGUUUCUCCGGGGAUCCAAGGAAUUCUGGCCGUCAGAAGAGACUGAAUUCGUUGUUGAUCCUGACGACGUUGAGGUGAAAACCAUCUUAGUUUUAACUGAAAUGUCCGUUAAUCUGCCUGACGUCAGCCGAUUCUCAAAGUUUUGGAGGCUAAUAAGAAGUACCGCGUGGUUCUACCGCGCUGUAUGUAACUGGACUCACAAAGAUAACAGAAAACGAGGUGAAUUGACAGCGGACGAAGUUAAAGAAGCAGAGAAGGCGCUUAUUAAGGAUAGUCAAAGAAGAAUGUUUUCUGACGAUAUUAAAAAUAUUAAAAAAUGUGGACAAGUGGACAAAGAGAGUUCCCUACGCCAAUUGACGCCAUUUCUGGAUGGAGACGACAUUCUCCGCGUUGGUGGGAGGAUUCGCGAUGCGAAUGUUGGCAAUGACACUCGACACCCAAUCAUUUUGCAUCCAAAAGACAAAUUUACGCGUCUCAUCAUGCACCAGUACCAUCAAGAUGCAGCCCAUAGUGGACGGGAACUGGUAUUUAAUAAUCUUCGACAACGUUUUUGGAUAAUUGGUGGAAGGAACGCUGUCAAGUUUAUUUGGAAUGACUGUCAGUUAUGUAAAAUAAGGAGAGCAAAACCUGACCCACCUCUGAUGGGACCAUUACCCGAUAUAAGGCUGACUCCUGGUGGACGCGCUUUCCAGUAUACGGGUCUGGACUAUUUCGGCCCAAUGCUGGUCAAGGUAGGUCGUCAUCGAGAGAAGAGAUAUGGAGCUCUUUUCACCUGUCUUACGGUUCGAGCUAUCCAUAUUGAGGUGACACAUGAUUUAUCGACAAGCAGCGCUAUCAUGGCCAUCCGACGUUUCAUUGCUCGUCGUGGUUGCCCAAGACAAAUAUGGAGUGACAAUGCCACCACCUUUAAAGGAGCCGACCGUGAGCUGAAAUUGUCCGUGGCGUCCUUGGACAAAGACGAACUAACUCGGUUCGGAAGUACAAGGGGUAUUGACUGGCACUUUAUCGCCCCUAACGCCCCUCAUAUGGGAGGUUGUUGGGAGCGAAUGGUGCGCUCUGUUAAGACUGCUCUCCGUGUCACUCUAAAAGAAACAGCGCCGAGUGAUCAAGUUCUGUCAACACUGCUAGCGGAGACAGAACAUUUUGUAAAUAGUAGACCACUAACGUAUGUACCUAUUGACAAGGACGACGACUUACCUUUAACUCCGAAUGACUUUUUGAUGACGAAGACAAAUGACAUUGACCAUCCUUUGGGUAUCUUUGACGACGAUGACUUACUUCGACGAUCCUGGCGUCACUCCCAGCGACUGGCCGACCUUACCUGGAAACGUUAGGUAAAAGAGUACCUACCAACUUUGACAAGACGAGACAAAUGGUUUCGUCAAGAAACACGACCGUUAAUGACUGAUGACGUUGUAAUUGUAACUGACGAUCAACUCCCACGAAACCAGUGGCCCAAAGGACGAGUGACGGCAGUGUAUCCUGGGAAGGACGGCAGGGUUCGAGUAGCUGACGUGCUGACUUCGACCGGACUCUAUAAGCGACCAGUGACAAAGCUGACCAGAUUGGACGUCCGCGCCUAGGCCUUGCCUGGAGUAUUGGCUUCCAAUACUGGAGGUGGGGAUGUUGCGGCCUCUUUGACCGGUUUUAUCGCUGGCCGCUAAGACAUUCUACAAUUAAAACUGACAGCUUGGGACAAAACAAAAGGACUUAGAAAAAAGACCGAUAAGAAGACGGACAUAAUUUUGAUGACUAAUUUGCCUUUUAAUUUUAAUACAUUUUGACGACAAAUUCGGACCCUUUGACCUAAAAAGCGGUCCAUCGACCUUUCAGUACCUUAUAAAUAAGACUGAUGAGUUUUUUUUUAAUGGUGAAAAUGGUAUGGUAAUCCCACCUGCGCUAACGGGAUACGCUGGCGGAGCACCAGUGAAGGGUGAUAGAUGAGAAUGAAAACAGGCCAGUUAGCCCAUCAUGAUGACUUCAUCAGGGAUUAACCAUAAUAGU